AUGCGGUUCUCUGCGUUAACCUCCCUCCUCGCCUUGGGAGCCUUCACCGGCGUCCUCGCGACGCCCACAAAGGUCUCCAGGGCACCCUCGCUGGUGGAGCGUGACUUUGCCACGGUCACCAGUGUUGUCGCUGCCAUUUCGUCCAAGGUCGAUGCUCUGGAUGCGGACAUCAACGCCUACACUGGAGGCGACACGUCCGCCAUUGUUGGCGCUUCUGCAGCCCUCAUCUCCACCAUCAACGAUGGCACCUCCACCGUUGCGGCCCAGCCAGCUCUGAGCCAAACUGACGCUCUGAAUCUGGUGAAUCCAAUCUUGGCCCUGACCAACAAGGUCAAGACCACCAUCAAUGACCUCGUCUCCAAGAAGGAUCUGAUCGUCGCUGCCGGCGCGGGUCCUACUACCUAUCAACAGUUGCUGGACCAGUACGCGGCCUCCUCGAACUUGGCUACGACCCUGUCUAGCAAGGUGCCGGAUGCUCUCAAGGACGUCGCUAAACAGCUGUCCUCGGGAAUCACUUCGGCCAUCCAGACGGGCAUCGAUGCUUACAAGGAUACUACCCCUACGACCACCUCCACUCCUUGCGACACUACCACUACCACAAAGACGACCCCUACGACCACCUCCACUCCAUGUGAGACUACUACUACCACAAAGACUACCCCAACGACCACCUCCACUCCAUGCGAAACUACCACCAAAUCUACCCCUCCUCCUACUGGAUCCACCACUCCCUGCGAGACCACGACCACUGCCACCCCGACAGAGACUACUACUCCAUGUGAAACUACCACUACGCCCACUACACCUCCUGCCAAACCUACCACUACCACUACCACUCUGUGCGAGACUACCACGGUUGUCCCCGUUCCCCCAGGGACAAAGACCUCCACCUCCACUACCAGCCAGACCAAGACCUCCACCAACUCGGUCACCGUCACCGCUACCGGGACUACCAGCAUCCCUAACCCACCAGGCCCGACCACCUUGACCACCGCCCCUGCCCCGUGCACGACUUGCGGUGGCAAGAAGACCACUCCGCCCGUUGUGGCUCCUCAGCCCACUUCCUCCAGCCCUACGACUGUCGCUCCUCCUGGAGGACUCGCCACCGGUGCAGCCAGCAAGCUGGGCUCGUCUGUUGGCAAGGCCUUGGCUAUUUGUGCAAUUGCACUGUUGCUGUAA